AUGGUCAACAGCAAAAACAGCAACGAAGGCAAACACAGCAACAGCAGCAGCAGCAGCAGCAGCAGCAGCAGUAGAGCAGCAGCAGCAGGAGUAGAAGCAGGAAUAAAAGCAGGAGUAGCAGAAGCACCAGCAGCAGCAAUAGCUGCAGCUGCUGCAGCAGCAACAGUACUAGCAGCAAUAGUAGCAGCAGGAGUAGCAGCAGCAACAGCAGCAGCAGGAUCUGGCUGUAUUUGUUUUGCUGCAGAUUUGUCUUCGAGAAGGCAGUCAAACUUAUCAAGAAAUAAAUAUACUACGCUGCAGCAGCAGCAGCAGCUGCAGCAGCAGCAGCAGCUGCAGCAGCAGCAGCAGCUGCAGCAGCAGCUGCAGCAGCAGCUGCAGCAGCAGCGGCUGCAGGAGGAGCAGCUGCAAUAG